UUUUCAUAGAAUUACUCUUAGAAGGAAAAAUCUCAGUAAAAGCAUUAAUAUAUACAUCGUCGAAGUUUAAUACUAUUAGCAAGAGCUUGUUCGAUAGGCUUGGAAUGGAUCAUGAAAUAAGACCAACUUGUGAUCUGGUUAAAAACCUCUAUAAAGAUGUAAUAGCACACGAAGUAAAGAUAUGUUUUAAUUCAAAUGCUAAAAUUGUAAUAAAUGGUAUGAGUAUCCCGUUAAUUGAUGAAGAUUUUAACAAAGCCAGCUCUAGUAAAAAUAGUUCACUUAAGUCCGAUUUAUUAAUAGAGGAGAUCACAAAUAUGAUUAAGAUUUUAUCUCUCAGAAGCGAAGAUAAUAAGCAACGAAAGAAGUAUCAUGGUAAUAUACCUCCUGUAUCUCCAACACAUAGAAGAGUUAGCAAGAAUAAGAAAUAUCCUAAAGUAGAUUUAGGUGAUGGGUGUGGAAAGCUUUCAUUAAAAACGCAUCUCAAUAAUAUUUGGAAGUCAGUUCAUUCUAUAGAAAAUGAUAUAGAGUAUGGAGUUUUUGAAAAACUUCGUAUUAUUAAGUAUGAACUAAGUUAUAUAAAUAAAGCAAAGCUACCAUGGAUAAAAUCAGAGACAGAUCCUUCUAAUUCUUGCUUACACCAAAAUAAGAGCAAGAAAGGUCCGGAAGGUAUAUGUAAGGUCACAGUUGUAAAAAAGUGA